AUGAGGAUGAUAAUGCAAAAAAGAUCGGCGGCGAUGGGGGCUGUGACGACGGCAUUGAUAGCCAUAGCCGCGGUGGCGCUUGGCUGGUGCACGAUCGAGAUCGCGUGCAAGCCCUGCCUCGAAAAAGGCCGCGACGCCAUAGAUCGCAAUCUCAACCCGGAUUACGACCCGGACGGCGAGUCCGCCGCCCCGGCCCUUCACGCGCCGCUUAAUCCAAGCAAAGUUGACGAUGAUGCCCCUGUGGCCUCUUCAGCCGCCGUCAAGCCCGUCUAA